UCAAAAUGGCGAGCGACUUUCACAAGCUGCAAGUAAAACGCUACCCAAAGAUCGAAAGAAAGCAAACCAGUGAUACAAGAUACUGGAAAAAGUUUAGCUUUCCUAUAGUGGUAAAGGAGUAUGGUGCUGUGUCUUUUGUGGAUUUUUGCCCAACUAAGCCUCAUGAUUUUGCCGUAACCAGUGCAUCAAGAGUACAGAUCUACAGCAGCACAACUCAUCAAGUUUUAAAAUCCAUUUCUAGAUUUAAUGAAGUGGCGUACAGUGGUUGUUUUAGGAGCGAUGGUCAACUGCUUGUCGCAGGUGGACAAGAUGGUCUUAUUCAGUUGUUUGAUCUUAACAGCAGAGCUGUGCUGAGACAGUUCAAAGGCCAUACUGAUGCAGUUCAUGUAACAAGGUUUCUGCAGGACAAUCUACAUCUAGUUUCUGCAAGUGACGACAAGGUGGUCAAGUGCUGGGACAUAUCAACUGAACAAGAAACAGUCUCAUUUAUUGAACACCAGGAUUAUAUAAGAACUGGUGCUGUUAACAAAACAAAUAAAGAUAUAUUCCUAACAGGUUCAUAUGACCACACAGUCCGGAUGUGGGAUAAGCGAUGUGACAAGAGUGUUAUGACUUUAGACCAUGGCUGUCCUGUAGAGUGUAUUCAGUUGUAUCCAAAUGGCGGCAUGUGUAUUUCAGCUGGUGGAAAUGUUGUCAAAGUCUGGGAUAUUCUUGGUGGUGGACGGCUUGUAACAGAGUUCUCUAACCACCAGAAGACAGUCACCACAUUGUGUUUUGAUGGCGAACUUAGAAGACUAUUAACAGGUUCUAUUGAUAAACAUGUUAAGAUUUAUGACUUACAAGACUAUAAAGUAGUGCACAGCAUGGACUACCCUUCGCCUAUUUUAACUAUGGCUGUCUCGCCUGAUGACUCUCAUAUAGUUGUAGGAAUGUCAGAUGGAUUGUUAUCAAUUAAAUAUAAAGUACCAAAUAAAGGAGAAGAGAGUUUAAAGAGAAAAGAAAAUCCAAGACCUGGAAGCUACAAGUAUUUCAUGAGAGGAGAAAAUUAUCCAGCUCAAGAGGACGAUUUUGUUGUUGCUGAGAAGAAAAAACCUCACUUAGGGAAAUCUGACAAGUUACUCAAGAAUUUUGAAUACAGUGCUGCACUGGAUGCAAUACUACGGCCCCUUUCCAACCAUCCUCCAGUAGUGGUAGCAAUAUUACAAGAGCUUGGCAGAAGAGGAGGACUUAAACGAGCUUUGGCAGGAAGGGAUGAAAAAAGGCUGGUACCUAUUCUUUACUUCCUCAUAAGAAAUAUAACCAAUCCAAGAUAUUCCGUAGUGUUGAUAGAUGUAGCUAACAUCCUUCUUGAUAUGUAUUCACCUAUAAUUGGACAGUCACAAGAAAUAGACAAAUUAUUCUUCAGACUUCAAAGCUCUAUUUCUGUGGAACUAAGCUUCUCAAGACAAGCAUAUGAACUAUUAGGAGCAAUGGAUACACUCUUCGCUGCUUCAUCUGCUCCUGUUUCUAAUACAGAUGCUGAAAAUUCUAACCAAGCAACGUGAAGUUUAAAGAAUUUUGCAAUAAAAAAGUAGAUGAAAUUGAUGAAUCGAAGAGGCCUGUCCCACAGGAGGAACCAAUCAAAUCGAAGGAAGCAACAGAUUGCAAAUAGAUGAGCUGAUAUAGCUAACAACGAACAGGCUAACACUCGUUCACAUAGACCAAAAGGACAUUUGAGUAUCAAACAAUAAAAAGAAUCUAUAGUGUGA